AAAAACCCUCUUUCUUUAUAGCGCACAGCUCUCUCUAGCUAUAAGGGUCUCCUUUAUAUCUUUCCGUCUCCUUCUGAUGAUCUUUCCUUUCUCUGAAACUCUCUCUUAACAUUUGAUGUGAUUCUUUAGCCACACAAAAAAAAUAUAUAUCUCCCCACCUAAAAAACCCAUCAACUAAACCUUUUUACAAAAAAGAGAGAUUUUAAAGCUCCAUAGAGCGAGCCAUGGUUUUCUCAUCUGUUCCUCAUGUCUAUCUGGAUCCACCCAACUGGCCACAGCAACCGAAUCAUGAUCAUCAACAUCAACAGCAGCAGCAACAACAACAACAGAAUAGCAGUCGGAAUGACCAGAAUUCUCAGCUUCCUCCACCUCCACCACUGCCAACAGCCGGAGGAGGUGUUGGUGGGGGUAGUGCAGGCUCCAUAAGGCCUGGUUCGAUGGCAGAUCGAGCCCGUCUAGCCAAGAUACCGCAACCUGAGACGGCCCUAAAAUGCCCUCGUUGCGAUUCCACCAACACUAAAUUUUGCUAUUUCAACAACUACAGUCUCACGCAGCCUCGCCACUUCUGCAAGACUUGCCGCCGGUACUGGACUAGAGGAGGAGCCUUAAGAAACGUGCCGGUCGGCGGAGGCUGCAGGAGGAACAAGAGGAGUAGAGGAACAAACAGAUCGAAAUCGCCUGCGCCUGACCGCCAAACCCCAGGUUCGUGCUCAGCAAACACUGCCGCGGUCACUUCUAAUGGCAGCGGCAGUGGCGAUAUGUUGGGCCAUUUGGGUCCACAGCAGACGCUACCUCACUUGUCCUUUCUGCCAAAUCUUCAUCAUCAUCUGGGAGAGUACGGAUCUUCCGGUGAUAUCGGCUUGAAUUUCGGGGGACUUCCUCCGCAGGUGGGGAACACAGGUGGAGGUGAUGAUAUUGAAUUUCAGAUUAAUGGGAACGGAGGCGGUGGUGGUGGUGGAGGCAGCGGACUUGGUGAUCAUCAGCAGUGGAGACUGCAGCAUCAAGUGCAUCAAUUUCCUUUCAUGGCGACGAGUUUGGAACCACCAACUAGGUUGUACCCGUUCGAACAUCAUCAGGGCGGAGAAAAUGGAGAGCCGCAGAGAUACGUGGGCGGAGUAGGACAGCUCCAUUCCAAGCCAUUGGAUACUCAAGAGGUGGCGGCCACCGCAGUGAAGGUGGAAGGGAAUAAUAUUCAUCAACAAGGGCUGAAUAAUCUGUCCAGAAAUUUUUUGGGAAGUCUUGGAUUAAAUGAUCAUCAUCAGUUCUUAGGUGGUGGCAGUGGUGGUAAUAUUAAUGCAUGGACCGACCUCUCUUCUUUCGCAUCUUCUACCAACCAUCUAUUAUAGUAACUUAAUCCUACUUACAUGUGUCUGCAUCUUUUUUAUCCCGCUAGCUAGCUAUUUUGAUCCCCGGUCGUGAGCAAAUAUAUAUCUUUUACUAAAAAAAACAUAGCUAGUUCCCAUUCAAAACCACCCCGCUAUAACAUUUUGUUACAAGUUUCAAUUUUGAAAAUAAAUUGAAGAAGGGGAAAAAGGAAGGCAAAUAGAUUAUAAUGAUCUCCUCUUCAUGAUUUGCUAGACGGGAAAGGAGAAGAAAAGAAGAAAGUGUCACACUUAAAAGUAAAGUGGUUAUUGGUAGCUAGUUAGACUCUUCCUACUCUUGAAAUGAUUUUCUUUUUCUUUCUUUCUCUCUAUCUCUUGAUGUCUUUUAUUUAUUUAUUUUGGUGUGGGUGGCUCAGGAGUAUAGGCUUAUUAUGUAUGUUCUUAUGGAGUUAUAUGUAUCUGACACGAAUUGAACUAAACUUGUUAUAUAUGUAUCUAUGAUAUCAGUCAAUAUAUAAAUACUUUUGUUCAAAUGGUUGGUUUGCUAAA